UUGGCAACCCAGUCCCGCAGCCAAACCGUUGUGGUGAUGAUGCAGAAGGCUAGCUUAGCUACUAGCUACUUAGCCACUUAGCUGCUAGCUAGUGUCGGAUUAGCUCAUGUUCGACGCUGCACUUUCAACCAUUUGGCCUGAUGACUUGUGAAUAGCAGGUUCUGAUUUGGGUGGGUCUAUCUUGAAGACCUGGUGGAAACAACGUAGGAAACCUUUGGUCCAUCUGUGUGUGUGUGUGUGUGUGUGUGUGUGUGUGUGUGUGUGUGUGUGUGUGUGUGUGUGUGUGUGUGUGUGUGUGUGUGUGUGUGUGUGUUUGUGUGUGUGUGUUUAAGUGUCCAGUCCCCAGAAUGUCUAAAAGCAAGAGCUCCGAGUCAGUGAAAGUGAAAGUGGUGGUCCGUUGUCGUCCUAUGAAUGAGAAGGAACGGGCUGCGGCAUUUGAGAGUGUGGUGUCUGUGGAUGUCAAAUUUGGACAAAUUAUAGUCAAGAACCCCAGGGAAACUUCUGCUGGUGAACCCUCCAAAGUUUUCACAUUUGAUUCGGUCUACGACUGGAGCUCAAAGCAAAUAGAUCUAUACGAUGAAAGUUUUAGGCCCCUUGUGGAUUCAGUUCUUCAAGGAUUCAAUGGGACCAUCUUUGCAUAUGGACAAACCGGCACGGGGAAAACAUACACCAUGGAAGGUGUGAAGAACGACCUCGAGAGGAGAGGAGUCAUCCCCAACUCUUUUGACCACAUCUUCACUCACAUCUCGAGGUCUCAGAAUCAGCAGUACCUGGUGCGAGCGUCAUAUCUGGAAAUUUAUCAAGAGGAGAUUCGAGACUUACUCUCCAAGGACCAGUUGCGUCGCCUUGAGCUGAGAGAGAGGCCGGACACGGGUGUCUACGUUAAGGACCUGUCGUCGUUUGUCACCAAGAGCGUGCGGGAGAUUGAGAAUGUUAUGAACGUGGGCAAUCAGAAUCGUUCAGUGGGCGCCACCAACAUGAACGAACACAGCUCUCGCUCUCACGCCAUCUUUGUGAUCACCGUGGAAUGCAGCCAACUGGGGGUGGACGGCGAGAACCACAUUCGAGUUGGCAAACUCAACCUGGUGGAUCUAGCCGGUAGCGAACGGCAGACCAAGACAGGAGCUCAGGGGGAGAGGCUGAAGGAAGCUACCAAGAUCAAUCUGUCACUUUCGGCUUUGGGGAACGUCAUAUCCGCUCUGGUGGACGGCAGGAGCAGUCACAUCCCUUACAGAGAUUCCAAACUGACACGCCUCCUACAGGACUCUCUCGGUGGCAACGCCCGCACUGUCAUGGUGGCCAACAUCGGCCCGGCGUCCUACAACGUCGAAGAGACUUUAACAACGCUGCGCUACUCUAACAGAGCGAAGAACAUCAAAAACAAGCCUCGCGUCAACGAGGACCCCAAGGAUGCGCUACUGAGGAAGUUUCAGGAGGAGAUUGCGAAGCUGAAGGAACAGCUGGAAAAGCGUACGGGAAAGAAGAACAAGAGGAAGCAAAGGAGGAGGGCGGGGGACUGUAGCAACGGCGAUGGUCGGGACGACGAGAGCGAGGACGACGGGGACGGGGACAACAAAGUCGAUUAUUGGAGGGAGCAGCAGGAGACGCUGGAGAGCGAGAGGAGAGCGAUCAUGGAGGACCACAGCCUGGUGGCUGAGGAGAAGGCUCAACUCCUUCAAGAGAAGGAAAGGAAAAUGGAUGACCUUAAGAAGGAGCAGGAAGCUGGAGAAAUGUUGGCAGCCAAAGUUAAAGCGAUGGAGAGCAAACUUCUAGUUGGGGGGAAGAACAUUGUGGAUCAUACCAACGAGCAGCAGAAGAUGCUGGAGCUGAAAAGACAUGAAAUUGCUGAACAGAAAAGGAGAGUGCGAGAGAUGCAACAGCAAAUGGAAUGUCGGGACGAAGAGACCCUGGAGCUGAAGGAGACCUACAGUUCUCUGCAACAGGAAGUCGACAUUAAAACCAAGAAACUGAAAAAGUUGUUUGCCAAACUGCAGGCAGUGAAGGCGGAAAUCCACGACAUCCAGGAAGCGCACAUCAAUGAGCGCCAGGAGCUGGAACAAACCCAGAAUGAGCUCACCAGAGACCUUAAACUCAAGCAUCUUAUUAUUGAGAAUUUCAUCCCUUGCGAGGAUAAGAACAAAAUAGUCAACAGGGCUUUUUUUGACGAGGAGGACGAAUACUGGAAGAUGAGGCCCAUCACACACAUAGAAGACGACCAUCAAAUGAUGAGCAGGCCUCAGUCUGCCAUCGGAUUCAGACGGCCACUCAGUAACCAUGCUCGCACGGCCAUGAAAGAUAGUCUUGACAUGAGAUACAAGGCCGAGAACCUCCUGCUUCUUACGAUGGACAUGCCGUCCCGGACCACCAAAGACUACCAGCAGCCGGUCAUCGCCCCAAAGGUGGCCGCAACUCUGGAGGACGCGCUGAAGAACGAAGACGAUAUCCAAGUAGAUGCCUCCGGGUUUAACAGCAGCUUGGCACCGCUAGCCAGUGCCAGUGGCAGCCUCAGGAAACCAAAGUCUGGGCGAGCGAGGACAGGCAAGCAAUCGGACACGUGGACGUCGUCGUUCAGCGCUCGCAACCCAACAUCUCCUAUUUACCCUCAAUCCCGCGGGCUGGUGCCGAAGUGAACAACCGCCGACUGCCAACAAGCUCCCCCGUCUGCAACAAGCUCCCCUGCGCACCUUCUCCAAGAGAACGGCUCUUAUUCUGCCCACGCAAUCGCGAGGUCUGUGAAAGACAAAAUGGAUUAAUGCUGCUUUGUAGAAAAACAAUGAAUUAUUUUAAUUCGCACUAUUUGCUACUGUCUGGUGCUUUUCAUCUUAGAGUAUAUUUAAAGCACCUUUAUCACAGGUGUGACUACGACACAAAUAUAUAUAUAUAUAUAUAUGGAGUAUAUGUAUACACAUAUUGUAUGUUACAAUGUUCUUAAUGCGUACAAAUCAACUAUAAGAGUUGAUAAUCGCACUUAAAGGGGACCUAUGAUGAUUUCUAAUCUACAUUUAGUACACUUUCUUGAGGUCUAUAUACUUUGUAUUUACCCUACUUUCCAGACUAUAGACCGUACCGGUAUUUAAGGCGCACCCACUAAAUUUUGGAAGAAAAUCAUAUGUUUACAUGUAUCAGCCGCACGGGACCAUAAGCCGUGGCUUUUUACCGGUAAAAAAGAUUUUGUAAAUGUUUAAAACGGCUGAACAAACAAAAGAGAGGUCAUCAUCAUGGACCCACGAGCUGCGCAAGUUAGCUCUCCAAUCAGCUAAACCGACUCAAUAACUCCAAAGUGACGUUUUGGUGAAUUUACUGAGGAAUUUGUGAAACUGAAACAAUACAAAAGAAUGCCAUUGUAAGUUAUUAAUACUAACACAGGCACUUGUAAACGUGUUGGCAUAUAAAUAUGCAUGAAAACACUCCUACAGACAUCACACAUGGGGCGCUUUAGUAAGUUUCAAUUGUUUUAGUUAUAUUGUAAAACUUACAAACGUUGCUUGGAGUGAUGAACGAAGAAUCCAUACGAGUAGAAACGCUAUGGACGAGUAGUAGAUGAAACGAGAUAUACUUCCGGCUCAAGGCAUGAAACAGGAAGUACAUUUUCUACCCCGCACCACUUGCAGUGAGCAAACUUGUCCAAAAGAUGGCACCAUAGUACAAACAGUAACACACCUUUCAGGGUCCUUGUGGGUGUUGAAAACUACAAAACAUUAUGGCCGUCAGCAAAGUAAAAUCCAUAAAUUAGCCGCACCUUUUUUUAAACCGCACGGCUCAAAGUGUAGGAAAAAAGUUGCGGCCCUUAGUCCGGAAAUACACUACCGUUCAAAAGUUUGGGGUCACCCAAACAAUUUUGUGGAAUAGCCUUCAUUUCUAAGAACAAGAAUAGACUGUCGAGUUUCAGAUGAAAGUUCUCUUUUUCUGGCCAUUUUGAGCGUUUAAUUGACCCCACAAAUGUGAUGCUCCAGAAACUCAAUCUGCUGAAAGGAAGGUCAGUUUUGUAGCUUCUGUAACGAGCUAAACUGUUUUCAGAUGUGUGAACAUGAUUGCACAAGGGUCUUCUAAUCAUCAAUUAGCCUUCUGAGCCAAUGAGCAAACACAUUGUACCAUUAGAACACUGGAGUGAUAGUUGCUGGAAAUGGGCCUCUAUACACCUAUGGAGAUAAUGCACCAAAAACCAGACAUUUACAGCUAGAGUAGUCAUUUACCACAUUAGCAAUGUAUAGAGUGUAUUUCUUUAAAGUUAAGACUAGUUUAAAGUUAUCUUCAUUGAAAAGUACAGUGCUUGUCCUUAAAAAAUAAGGACAUUUCAAUGUGACCCCAAACUUUUGAACGGUAGUGUACGUUUUUUGCGUAUGUCUGCAAACCAUUCUCGUGUGGAGGUGCUCCUUUUAGAUGCAAAUGAAACCACCCCCACCCUCUCCAAAAGUAUCUAAAUGUAUCUUUUGAAAAUAUACACUGUUAAAUAUAUAUAUUUUGUAGACACAAACAUCACCGCUAUUAUUUUUCUUUUCCAUGCACAGUUAAAAAUAAACUUUUAUAAACAUUAUAUAGAUUCACCCGGUCACAAAGUUAGGUACACUUGCACAUUUUCCGAUCCAUACGGAGCUGCAAUGAAUAAAGCUGCUUUUAUCAGCAUUAAGGCUGGACGAUAAGGAUAAAAAUGGUAUCACGAUAUUAAUAAUUAUGUAUGUUUUUUAUAACCUUUCAAAAAUAAGCAAGACAUAAAUAUAUUUUAUUGGAAAUGUAACUUCCUGUAAUUAUUAUCCCUCAGCUAUCAAGGCAAAAAGGAAAUGUCAACACAAGCAUGGAAAACACUCAAACAAUGUCAACAAAAUAGUAAAAUCACAUUGAACAUUUGACAAUAAGCUCUUAAAAAUCAUCGAGUAUGUAAGAAAUGCUUCAUAAAGUGUAAAAAAAUAGUGCAAAGUGUGAACAUGUAAACAUACCUGAGAAGAACUAUUUUCUGCAGGUUUAGUGUCAGGAAGUUACAGCUGUGCUCUAAAGGGUGAGCGCAGCUCAGGUGGUGUGGUAUUAGCGGUCUUGCCUUUCAUCAUUUACAGACCACUUUGGUCUGACUACGGUCCCUUUGAAAAAAAUCCAAAAACCUGUCCAGGUGACUUUUCCUCAUUUAUCCACAAUUUCUUCAUUUUGACUUUCUCUUCUCACUCCAUGCAAAGAAUCAAUUAUAAAUGAAAAAAUAAUUAUUUAUCUUACCUUGAAUGGCGACUCCAUCUAGGCACUUCCUGGUCCAUGCUGACGAAACAGUCCCCUGUGAAAUGUAAACAUGCAAGUCUUAAUGUUGUAGACGUCUGGAAGCAUGAGAAGGACUUAUAUGGGCAUGGAGAGCAUGAACUGUCAUGCCCAUAUAAGUACGUCCGUCAAUCUGUGAUGUCACAAAUGGCUUACUGUUGAAAAACGAUUGUAAAACCUAGCGUUCAAAACUGCCCAAAUACAUGAAGUUCACCAUUUAAAACGUGUUUGACACGACUAUACAACAUUGUUACAACAUUUAUAAGUCAUCACAGGUCCCCUUUAGAUAUUACAUACAGGAAGUACAGUAGGGACAUUCCUGGCCACCAAACAUUUUUGUCCACAACAUUUCACCUAUGACUUAAACUGAGAUGCAGGAAGUGGAAGCAACUACAAAAUACAGUCGUCCCCUCGUUUAUCUCGUUUAUUUUUGUUGAAAAAGGUUGUUUUUAAACGUAAUUUUUUCAUAGAUGGAGCAUAAUAAAAAUCUUCACAACCUUCUAAAUAAGUUUUAAACAUUAUUACAGCCCUCUAAAGAUGAAAUAACAUCAAUAUAGUCACCUUUAAGCUCCUUUCACCCAAUAUAGUAGCCUUGAGUGUGUUCUACUUUAAGCAUCACCCGGCCACUAUUACACAUCUACUACCUGGAGAUACUUCAUCACAUCCUGGGUAAUUCCUCUAAGUUAGACGUGCUGAAACCACAGGCGUAAAGUGUUCUGUAAAAACUUGGUCAACUUGACAGUCGCAGCUAUGAUUAAAACAUGUAAAGUAGAAUCGUUAUUACACGUGAUGUUGUCAUAUUUGGGCAUAAUACAACUCUUAACGACCUUUUAAACAUAAUUAUAGCCCUUAAGCUCCUUUCACCCAAUAUAGUAACCAUGAGUGUGUUCUACUGUAAGCAUCACCCGGCCACUAUAACACAUCUACUACCUGGCAAUACUUCAUCAGAAUAAGUUAGACGUGCUGAAACCACAGGAUUGUUAUAAAGUGUAAUAUUUUCAUAGUUGGAGCAUAAUAAAACUUUUAACGAUCUUUUUAAACAUAUUUGUAGCCCUCUAAAAAUGAAAUAACAUCAAUAUAGUCACUUUUAAGCUCCUUUCACCCAAUAUAGUAGUCUUGAGUGUGUUCUACUCUAAGCAUCACCCGGCUACUAUAACAAAUCUACUACCUGGCAAUACUUCAUCGCAUCCUGGGUAAUUCCUCUAAGUUAGACAUGUGCUGAAACCACAGGCGUAAAGUGUUCUGUAAAAACUUGGUCAACUUGACAGUCGCAGCUAUGAUUAAAACACAUUUUUGAAAAGUAGAUUCGUUAUUAAGCGUGAUGUUUUCAUAGUUGGGGCAUAAUAAAACUCUUUAUGACCUUCUAAAUAAGUUUUAAACAUAAUUAUAGCCCUUUAAAAAUGAAAUAACAUUAAUAUUGUCACCCUUCUGCUCCUUUCGCCUAAUAUAGUAGCCUGGAGUGUGUUCUACUGUAAGCAUCACCCGGCCACUAUAACACAUCUACUACCUGGAAAUACUUCAUCACAUCCUGAGUAAUUCCUCUAAGUUAGACAUGUGCUGAAACCACAUGUAAAAACUUAGUCAACUUGACAGUCGCAAAUAUGAUUAAAACACAUUUUGGUAAAGUAGAAUCGUUAUUAAACAUGAUGUUGUCAUAGUUGGGGCAUAAUAAAACUCUUAACGACCUUCUAAAUAAGUUUUAAACAUAAUUAUAGCCCUUUAAAAAUGAAAUAACAUCAAUAUAGUCACCCUUACGCUCCUUUCACCUAAUAUAGUAGCCAUGAGUGUGUUCUACUUUAAGCAUCAGCCGGCCACUAUAACACAUCUACUACCUGGAAAUACUUCAUCACAUCCUGGGUAAUUCCUCUAAGUUAGACAUGUGCUGAAACCACAUGUAAAAACUUAGUCAAUUUGACAAUCGCAAAUAUGAUUAAAACACAUUUUUGUUAAGUAGAAUAAUUAUUAAAUGUAAUUUGUUCAUAGUUGAGGCAUAAUAAAAGUCUUUAUGACCUUCUAAAUAAGUUUUAAGCACAAUUAUAGCCCUUUAAAAAUGAAAUAACAUCCAUAUUGUCACCUUUACGCUCCUUUCACAUAAUAUAGUAGCCUUAAAUGUGUUCUACUGUAAGCAUCACCCGGCCACUAUAACACAUCUACUACCUGGAAAUACUUCAUCACAUCCUGAGUAAUUCCUCUAAGUUAGACAUGUGCUGAAACCACGUGUAAAAACUUAGUUAACUUGACAGUCACAAAUAUGAUUAAAACACAUUUUGUGAAGUAGAAUCGUUAUUAAACGUGAUUUUUUCAUAGUUGGGGCAUAAUAAAACUCUUAACGACCUUCUAAAUAAGUAUUAAAUAUAAUUAUAGCCCUUUAAAAAUGAUAUGACAUCAAUAUAGUCACCCUUACGCUCCUUUCACAUAAUAUAGUAGCCUUAAAUGUGUUCUACUGUAAGCAUCACCCGGCCACUAUAACACAUCUACUACCUGGAAAUACUUCAUCACAUCCUGAGUAAUUCCUCUAAGUUAGACAUGUGCUGAAACCACGUGUAAAAACUUAGUUAACUUGACAGUCACAAAUAUGAUUAAAACACAUUUUUGUAAAGUAGAAUCGUUAUUAAACGUAAUUUGUUCAUAGUUGGGGCAUAAUAAAACUCUUAACGACCUUCUAAAUAAGUUUUAAGCAUAAUUAUAGCUCUUUAAAAAUGAAAUAACAUUAAUAUUGUCACCCUUACGCUCCUUUCACAUAUUAUAGUAGCCUUAAAUGUGUUCUACUGUAAGCAUCACCCGGCCACUAUAACACAUCUACUACCUGGAAAUACUUCAUCACAUCCUGGGUAAUUCCUCUAAGUUAGACAUGUGCUGAAACCACAUGUAAAAACUUAGUCAACUUGACAGUCGCAGCUAUGACUAAAACACAUUUUUGUAAAGUAGAAUCGUUAUUAAACGUAAUUUGUUCAUAGUUGGGGCAUAAUAAAACUCUUUAUGACCUUCUAAAUAAAUUUUAAACAUAAUUAUAGCCCUUUAAAAAUGAAAUAACAUCAAUAUAGUCACCCUUACGCUCCUUUCACAUAAUAUAGUAGCCUUAAAUGUGUUCUACUGUAAGCAUCACCCGGCCACUAUAACACAUCUACUACCUGGAAAUACUUCAUCACAUCCUGGGUAAUUCCUCUAAGUUAGACAUGUGCUGAAACCACAUGUAAAAACUUUGUCAACUUGACAGUCACAAAUAUGAUUAAAACACAUUUUGGUUUAAGUAGAAUCGUUAUUAAACGUGAUGUUGUCAUAGUUGGGGCAUAAUACAACUCUUUAUGACCAUCUAAAUAAGUUUUAAGCAUAAUUAUAGCCCUUUAAAAAUGAAAUAACAUCAAUAUAGUCACCCUUACGCUCCUUUCACAUAAUAUAGUAGCCUGGAGCGUGUUCUACUGUAAGCAUCACCCGGCCACUAUAACACAUCUACUACCUGGAAAUACUUCAUCACAUCCUGGGUAAUUCCUCUAAGUUAGACAUGUGCUGAAACCACAUGUAAAAACUUAGUCAACUUGACAGUCGCAAAUAUGAUUAAAACACAUUUUUGUAAAGUAGAAUUGUUAUUAAACGAAAUUUGUUCAUAGUUGGGGCAUAAUAAAACUCUUUAUGACCUUCUAAAUCAGUUUUAAACAUAAUUAUAGCCCUUUAAAAAUGAAAUAACAUCAAUAUAGUCACCCUUACGCUCCUUUCACAUAAUAUAGUAGCCUUAAAUGUGUUCUACUGUAAGCAUCACCCGGCCACUAUAACACAUCUACUACCUGGAAAUACUUCAUCACAUCCUGGGUAAUUCCUCUAAGUUAGACAUGUGCUGAAACCACAUGUAAAAACUUGGUCAACUUGACAGUCGCAAAUAUGAUUAAAACACAUUUUUGUAAAGUAGAAUCGUUAUUACACAUGAUGUUUUCAUAGUUGGGGCAUAAUAAAACUCUUAACGACCUUCUAAAUAAGUUUUAAACAUAAUUAUAGCCCUUUAAAAAUGAAAUAACAUCCACAUUGUGACCCUUUCGCUCUUUUCACAUAAUAUAGUAGCCUUAAAUGUGUUCUACUGUAAGCAUCACCCGGCCACUAUAACACAUCUACUACCUGGAAAUACUUCAUCACAUCCUGGGUAAUUCCUGAAAGUUAGACAUGUGCUGAAACCACAUGUAAAAACUUAGUCAACUUGACAGUCGCAGCUACGAUUAAAACACAUUUUUGUAAAGUAGAAUCGUUAUUAAACGUGAUGUUGUCAUAGGUGGGGCAUAAUACAACUCUUAACGACCUUCUAAAUAAGUUUUAAACAUAAUUAUAGCCCUUUAAAAAGGAAAUAACAUCAAUAUAGUCACCCUUACGCUCCUUUCACAUAAUAUAGUAGCCUGGAGUGUGUUCUAUUGUAAGCAUCACCCAGCCACUAUAACACAUCUACUACCAGGAAAUACUUCAUCACAUCCUGGGUAAUUCCUCUAAGUUAGACAUGUGCUGAAACCACGUGUAAAAACUUAGUUAACUUGACAGUCACAAAUAUGAUUAAAACACAUUUUUGUAAAGUAGAAUCGUUAUUAAACGUAAUUUGUUCAUAGUUGGGGCAUAAUAAAACUCUUAACGACCUUCUAAAUAAGUUUUAAGCAUAAUUAUAGCCCUUUAAAAAUGAAAUAUCAUUAAUAUUGUCACCCUUACGCUCCUUUCACAUAUUAUAGUAGCCUUAAAUGUGUUCUACUGUAAGCAUCACCCGGCCACUAUAACACAUCUACUACCUGGAAAUACUUCAUCACAUCCUGGGUAAUUCCUCUAAGUUAGACAUGUGCUGAAACCACAUGUAAAAACUUAGUCAACUUGACAGUCGCAAAUAUGAUUAAAACACAUUUUUGUAAAGUAGAAUUGUUAUUAAACGUAAUUUGUUCAUAGUUGGGGCAUAAUAAAACUCUUUAUGACCUUCUAAAUAAGUUUUAAACAUAAUUAUAGCCCUUUAAAAAUGAAAUAACAUCAAUAUAGUCACCCUUACGCUCCUUUCACAUAAUAUAGUAGCCUUAAAUGUGUUCUACUGUAAGCAUCACCCGGCCACUAUAACACAUCUACUACCUGGAAAUAAUGGGUAAUUCCUCUAAGUUAGACAUGUGCUGAAACCACAUGUAAAAACUUGGUCAACUUGACAGUCGCAAAUAUGAUUAAAACACAUUUUUGUAAAGUAGAAUCGUUAUUACACAUGAUGUUUUCAUAGUUGGGGCAUAAUAAAACUCUUAACGACCUUCUAAAUAAGUUUUAAACAUAAUUAUAGCCCUUUAAAAAUGAAAUAACAUCCACAUUGUGACCCUUUCGCUCUUUUCACAUAAUAUAGUAGCCUUAAAUGUGUUCUACUGUAAGCAUCACCCGGCCACUAUAACACAUCUACUACCUGGAAAUACUUCAUCACAUCCUGGGUAAUUCCUCUAAGUUAGACAUGUGCUGAAACCACAUGUAAAAACUUAGUUAACUUGACAGUCACAAAUAUGAUUAAAACACAUUUUUGUAAAGUAGAAUCGUUAUUAAACGUAAUUUGUUCAUAGUUGGGGCAUAAUAAAACUCUUUAUGACCUUCUAAAUAAGUUUUAGACAUAAUUAUAGCCCUUUAAAAAUGAAAUAACAUCAAUACAGUCACCCUUACGCUCCUUUCACAUAAUAUAGUAGCCUUAAAUGUGUUCUACUGUAAGCAUCACCCGGCCACUAUAACACAUCUACUACCUGGAAAUACUUCAUCACAUCCUGGGUAAUUCCUCUAAGUUAGACAUGUGCUGAAACCACAGGCGUAAAGUGUUCUGUAAAAGUAGCCUUGAGUGUGUUCUACUGAAGAUGUAGUGCAUCAAAAAGUAGGUCAACUUGAUUGUCGCAGUGAAGCUAGCGCCAACAUUAGCCGCCGUGUUGUUAGCAUUAUUAUCACCUUUACCCGGAAAGGUAAUGGAAAAUAAGACAAAUACUGUACGUUAAUACACGGACAUAAUUUUAACACUUGAUUUAGAUGUGCAGAAUAUGCUGUAAAUGUGGCGAAGGACGACUGCAUUUCCAAAGGAAAGAAUGAAGAUUUGUGGUUGGUAAUUUGGACACUUGGUAAGUUAUUAGACAGCCUUCACUUCCUGCUGAGUGUACUACCUCGGACUUUCUGUCACGUCUGUCUCUUUAAACCCGCCGACAGCUGCCAUUGUCAGGAGAGGAUGAACUAGUCACGUGCUCCUCCUGCAGUCCAGCUUCCAGGAGUUGGCCAUGUGCUGCAGACUCACAAUCAGGUGUGUCACUCACCUUUCCUUUCACUUCCUCUUUCCUUCCUCAACCUUCCGGUAGCACUCAGUCCGCGCCGCGUCGCCUCAACACGCCGACUGACAUUCCGUAGGAUAUGAAAUGAUCGUUGUAACGUGCUGCUUGUGUAAACAUGAGGACGUAAUCACGUCGACUCACUUGUGUCACUUUACUAACGCUGUUGUUUGGUUUUUGGCAUCGGCUCAAAUGUAUUUUGUAUGCUGGCAAAGAAAAUGAAUAAUCAUAAAGUGAAUCUGUGCUGUUUGAUUUA